AUGUCCAGCGAAAAAGUUGAAUUUAGAGUGAAGGAAGUACGAGUUCAAAAUGCAAUUACACCUCAAACAUCACCAAUCGCAACCAAACAUUCACUCAAAGACAAAAAUGCACCACCUAUAAUUAACAUUAUAGAAGGUACAUUUAGCAAAGAAUUCUAUUACACUACCAGUGAUCUGAUGAAAACAAUACUUCUAAACCAAGAAAUCAAUCGAUAUCGGUCAAAUGACGAAUUCCCUUUCAAGUCCAUCUCAAAGAUGGUGCGACACACCAUAAGAAGAAUAGAAGCAUCGUGUCAGAACUGA